AUGGGUAUCUGGGAGACUAUUCAAGACCUCGUCGAAGCGGCUACGCCGUGGACAACCGCCGAAGCCGACGCUCCAGCUGAGGAUAAGCCCGAAGAUUCAUCCGACGACUCGGAGGAACCCGAAGAAGAGGAAGAGGACGACGAAGAAGAAAUUGAGGACCCGAAAGAAAAGCUUGAAGAAGAAUGCAAAAACUCCAAGCAGUGCGCGCCGGCCAAGCACCACUUCGACGAAUGUGUCGAGCGUGUUACGAAUGCAUCGGACGACGGUGAAGCUAAUGAGGACUGCGUUGAAGAAUGUGAGAAAUCCCCUCUGGACUAUCUGGAUUAUUCCUACAUCAAAUUUGAUGCGAUUUCACACGGGAAACAUGAAGCUAAUUCUACCUUUCGUCUUUCAGUCUUCCACCUCGCACAUUGCGCCGGACAAUGUGCUGCCCCCAAGCUGUGGUCUGUCCUCAAAUAA